UUAGCACGAGCUCGCAGAAGAGCACAGGAGGGUGACAGCGGCUGCGCGAAACCAAGCUUGCCGUUCCGUGAACAAGCGGAGACGAAGUUGUUGUCUCCGGGAGGAGGGGAAAAAAACGUCUACUGUGACGAGCUUGCUAGUACAAAUUGGAAGUAAUAAUUGGAAAACAAGAAUAUCGCUGGCUAUGGAUUUUAAACCGUCACAGGAUUGACGUCUCCCUAUUUUGUGUUUAUUUUAUUUUCCACAUUGGGAGAAAGGAAAAGAAACUGCUCCAUUCGGGUUUGGGCCGGAGCACCCGGCUGUCCGUGUCUGUCUCCGGAGCUGAGGGUCAGCAGCCGCUCCCCCAACAGCAUUGCUCACUGAGGGAGAACGGCUGGAGACGGGAGUUACAGGCUUUAUGUUUUAACUGUUCGUUUUGUUUAGUUUUAUAAUCCUAAAUUCCACAGAGCUUCGUUUACAUGUAAGCUUUUAACACCGUUAUUGCCAACUGGGUGAAGGAGGAGGACCUCUUGCGAUAUUCACUGUCUAACCAGAGACUUGAAUGCGUUUUUAUGAUCAUAUACAGGAACCUAAUGAAAAUAUACAGUGAUUGUUUUUUCUUUUUGUUUUGGUUAAAACCAAAGCAUCAAUUUUAGUUAGGGUACAUUUUAAAUAUUUUUCUUUACUCGUUUAUCUGCUACAUGCCAGAGAAAAACCAAGUCGGUGUCAUGAGAUUUUUAUAUUUAUUUGCAUAGUUAAACAUGGUGUACUUUUUUUUAAGUAAUAUUAUUUGUAAUACAAAUAUUUAUACGUGAUAUAUAGCUCAAAUAAAUGCCAAGAUCACUCGCUGGAUACAUUUUAAAAAAUAAACUUAAAGUAAAACACCUAGAAAAUGUCAUUUUUCAACUUUCGCAAGAUUUUUAAGUUGGGAGGGGAAAAGAAGAAAAAACAAUAUGAACAUGUCAACAGGGAUGUAAAUCCCGAAGACUUCUGGGAAAUCAUUGGAGAACUGGGAGAUGGUGCCUUUGGAAAAGUGUACAAGGCCCAGAAUAAACAAACUGGGACCCUUGCUGCAGCCAAGGUGAUUGAUACAAAGACAGAAGAGGAGCUUGAAGACUACAUGAUAGAAAUUGAUAUUCUAGCAUCGUGUGACCAUCAGCACAUAGUAAAACUACUGGAUGCCUUCUACUACGAAAGUAAACUAUGGAUCCUGAUCGAGUUCUGUGCAGGAGGAGCUGUAGAUGCAGUGAUGUUGGAGCUGGAGAGGCCUCUAACAGAGCCACAGAUCCGGGUGGUUUGUAAACAGACUUUGGAAGCAUUAUGUUACCUCCAUGAUAUCAAAGUCAUUCACAGAGAUCUAAAGGCUGGGAAUAUUCUUCUUUCAAUAGACGGAGAUAUUAAACUUGCUGACUUUGGAGUAUCUGCUAAGAAUACUAAAACGCUGCAGAGAAGAGACUCCUUUAUUGGAACACCAUAUUGGAUGGCUCCAGAAGUGGUAAUGUGCGAGACUUCCAAAGACAGGCCAUACGAUUACAAAGCUGAUAUUUGGUCAUUAGGUGUCACAUUAAUUGAAUUGGCAGAGAUAGAACCCCCUCAUCAUGAGCUUAAUCCAAUGAGAGUUUUGCUGAAAAUAGCUAAGGCAGAGCCUCCUACUCUGUCACAGCCAUCUAAAUGGUCUGCAGAGUUCAAGGAUUUUCUUAGGAAAGCUUUAGAUAAGAAUUUAGACAACAGAUGGAACGCCUGUCAGCUGUUACAGCAUCCAUUUGUGACAAGUGUUGUUGACAACAAGCCUCUUCGAGAGCUGAUAGCAGAGGCUAAAGCAGAGGUAACAGAGGAGAUUGAGGAGGGUAAAGAAGAGGAGGAGGACGAAGAACACGAUCCACAGCUACUUGUGCCUGGACACAAGCGCGCACCAUCAGAUGCCAGCAUUGCAAGUUCAGAGGAUGAGAAGCUCUCGCAGUCUGCUUCAAUUCUGGAGUCUGUGUCUGAGAAAAUUGAACCUGACCGUACUGAGGACAAAGCCAACGACAAACUCUCAGAUGAGGGUAUAGGCACCAGUGAAGAUGAUAAGACGGGGGAUGAAAAAUUGAAUGAGAACAACAUUUCAGACACCAGUAUUGAAGAUAUGAGCAGGGAAGAGCUCCUGGUUGAGGCAGAAGAAAUGGCAACUGCUGAAGGAAAAGAAGAGCUUAUUGCUAAGCUACCCAGUGCUACACAGGAAGAAAAAGCUGAGACAAACACUGUGGCAGAUACCGAAGAGGUAACCAAACAAAACGAAGAAGAGAAAAAAAUUGAGGUAAAGCAAGUACCAAAAAUCACAACUGAGGAAGAAAAAGACAUUUCUAAAGAACAUGGCAAAGGUGAAAAUAGUUGGAAAGAUGCAGAUUCCAAAGGAAUUAAAACAGCUGAAUGUGUGGAAGAACCUUCUGUAAAACUAGCAGAAGCUAAGGAAAAUGAAAAUAAGGAUCUUGAGGAAGAGGGCUGUAAAGCCAUUGAUGCGAAUGCACAGAUAGAUAUAAAUAAAGGAGAAACACCUCAAGAAGUAAACCCUGAGAGGGGGCAAGUGGCAGGUGAGAGUUGUACUGAACAGGUGCAAAAAGACGAGGUUAGCAACAUUGAACAUCCUCAGGAGCCUUCUGUGGAUGCAGCACCUGAGCAAGCCCACAAAGAGGCUGCUGAGGAGGCAGGCAAAGAAAUCCAAAGCAUUACAGCUGUAGAAAAUGAAACAAAAAUCCCAGAAAGCACAGUAGCAGUAGCUUCCAGUAUCAGUGAUGACAGAGAAAAGGAUGAAGAAGAAGAGGAGGCAGCCGUCCCAGAGGAAGCAAAGCCAGCAGCCAUUCCCAGUGUCGAUGUAGUUAAUCAGAAGGCCAGUGCGGAAAGCUCUGAGAAAACAAAAACUCCAAAUCAGCCUGAGCCUGAGAAAGUCAAAGAAAAGGACAAAGAUUCAGACUCUGGCAGCAGCUCUGCUGCUGAUAAUAACAGUGUUGAUCUGAACUUGUCCAUCUCAAGCUUUCUAACCAAAAACAAGGAGGGAUCCAUUUCUCUUCAGGAAACCAGAAGACAGAAGAAAACGUUGAAGAAGACACGUAAAUUUAUGGUUGAUGGGGUAGAAGUCAGUGUGACAACAUCAAAAAUAGUCACUGAUAAUGAUACAAAGAAUGAAGAAAUGAGAUUUUUAAGACGUCAGGAGCUGCGGGAGCUGAGAUUGCUUCAGAAAGAAGAACAGCGGGCCCAACAGCAGCUGAGCAACAAACUGCAGCAGCAGCGUGAGCAGAUAUUCCGGCGCUUUGAACAGGAGAUGACGAGUAAGAAACGUCAGUAUGACCAGGAAAUCGAAAACCUAGAGAAACAACAGAAACAGACAAUUGAGCGACUGGAACAAGAUCAUACAAAUCGGCUGCGGGAUGAAGCAAAACGCAUCAAAGCAGAACAAGAGAAGGAACUGUCCAAAUUCCAGAACAUGCUGAAAAACCGCAAAAAGGAGGUAAAAAAUGAAGUGGAAAAUGCACCCAAAGAGCAGAGAAAAGAGCUCAUGAAACACUUGAAAGAGGAACUAGAAAAAUUCCAGCAUGCUCAGGGUGUCGCCCAGGUUAUGAUUCAGUCUUUUCAGUUGUCCUCAUGUACACUCUUCAACGCUCAGAUGCAGGAUGAACAGGAGUUUUUGCAGAAACAGCAACAGGAACUGGAUUCAGCCCUAAAGAAAAUCAUACAGCAGCACAAGCUUGAAAUUGCCACCAUUGAGCGGGACUGCUUGAACCACAAACAGCAGCUUAUGAGAGCACGAGAAGCAGCAAUAUGGGAGCUGGAAGAGCGCCAUCUGCAGGAGAAACACCAACUCCUGAAACAGCAGCUGAAAGACCAGUACUUUAUGCAGAGACACCAGUUGCUAAAAAGGCAUGAAAAGGAAAUGGAGCAGAUGCAGAGGUAUAACCAACGAUUGAUUGAGGACCUAAAGAGCAGGCAGACUCAAGAAAGAGGCAGGCUACCAAAAAUCCAGCGCAGUGAAGCCAAGACCCGCAUGGCCAUGUUCAAGAAGAGCCUUCGAAUCGCAUCAUCUGGAUCGCCAGAGCAGGACAGGGAGAAAAUCAAACAGUUCGCUACUCAGGAGGAGAAGAGGCUGAAGAAUGAGAGGCUGCAGCAGCAUCAGAAACAUGAGAACCAGAUGAGGGAUCUUCAACUACAAUGUGACACUAAUAUUAGAGAAUUGCAGCAGCUGCAGAAUGAGAAGUGCCAUCUGCUGAUUGAACAUGAAACACAGAAGCUUAAAGAACUUGAUGAGGAGCACAGUCAGGAGCUGAAAGACUGGAGAGAGAUGCUCCGUCCAAGGAAGAAGGCAUUGGAAGAAGAAUUUGCAAGAAAGCUGCAAGAACAAGAAGUGUUUUUCAAGAUGAGUGGAGAGUCGGAAUGCCUUAACCCUUCAGCACAAAGCCGGAUUUCUAAAUUCUACCCCAUUCCCAGCCUGCACUCCACAUGAUCAUGACCAAAAACAGGAGCUGUCACAAUAUUAUAACCCACUGGAGCACCCCUUAAAACAAAGAAGACUGAUGGUAACAUCAUGGAACUUCUGCUGCUAGUCACCUUCUCCAUGGAUGACAAGCAGUCUAAUUAUCUGAACACUUGAAUUAAACGUGCAGUCUUUAGUAUUGCUGGAAUAAGCUGAAGUUUGUAUUUAAGUCUGAGCUGGCACAGGUUUUAAGUAAAUUAUUGUAUUUCCCCCACUUUCAAUUCUUCUACCAACCCUGUAAAGUUCCUUUGUAUUAGAAAAGGCUAUGUUUUUACAUAGUAGUGCACUUUAAAAAAUACAGAAAUAAUAAGCAAAUUUGAAAAUGCAGCAAAUGGUACAAAGCAAACUAUACUGAAACAAAAAUAAAUACAUAAAGAAUAACCGACUUGGGCAGUGUACCAUUUAAUAAUACUUUUAUAUACCCCAACAGUAUUUCAUGUGCUUCUUUUGUUCGUCUUAAAAAAAUAAGUAAGAAACCAGUGCCUAAGACGAUUUGAUCCAAUGAGCUGGCUUUUUAUAGAGCUUAAUUUAAUUUGCUGAUUUGGCCUUUUAUGUUCUUUAAACAAAACGUAGCUGGAAAAAAACAUGUAUGUACAGUAUGCAGUAAGGUGCUUGACUUCAUUUUAGUCUGACAGGUAGGCUACGUUUCCAGUCUUCAUUUAAACAGAUUGAACUUUUGGAAAAGUAUAAAAGUGUAUAAUCUUGAAGUAUGGCUUUUCUUUACAAAAAACAAAUCUGUAUUAUGCUGUUUUAUAAUAAUACAUAAACACUCCUGAUAGUGGAAAAGAAGCAAAAUAAAAUAUUUACAUGCACAUUGUGUGCGUGGGUAUAAAAGUAAUGCUAAUUGCAUAUAGCACUAACUUUUUAUAAGCUUUAUUUAUUUUUUACUUGGUUUCCAUGCAAGUAAUUGCAUGGCAUUUUUUUCUUCAGAAGUUUGGUUAAGAAAAAAAAAAUCUCUAUGUUAUGCAUGUCUUGAUAUAUUUAAGUUAUUCGGUUUUGAUCCUUUAACAUUAUUCACUGUUUACUGUCAUAUCAGACACUAGGAGAAAAUGUACAGUAAAACUGUAUGUAUCUGUGUUUGUAGACCUGGAAGGUUUUUCCACCAUUUGAAUAUCAGCUUUUAGUCAUAUCAUGACAGUGUUUCAAAUCACGUAAGCAUAUGCAGUAUGAAUCAUAUUUUGUAACUAACUUGUGUGGGCUGUAUAUAGCUGCCCACGUCCCCAAAUUUCAUUGCUCUCAAGUUUUUACCUGGGAUUUGUUGGUUCAAUCGCAAAAUUCCUUUCAGUCUUUUAAUUGGUCUUUUUUUUUUUUUUUAGAAAAAUGCUGUUCAACAUUAAUAAUUCUCUACACACUGCUUGCAUGUGUGAAUUAUUAAAGACAUCAGAUGAAACAAGGGGGGGUGCAAUGCAUGUUUUUUAGGUUAUCAAUGCAUGUUUUUUUAGUUACUAGCCUUACAAACAUUGUAUUGUACUGACUGUCAUUUCAAAUAGCAUGUAUCGUUAUCCUGAGUGCAUUACACAAAUAUAAGUUACAAUUUGGGAAUAAUGAGGUCAACGCCUUGCCUUUCCCUUGUCUUUUACAUGUGCGUGUGUGUUUUUUUGUUUGUUUAUCAUGAAUGCUCAGUGUGAUCAGAAUUUUUGGGGUGGGAAUUAAAAUAGUUUGCUAGGUCAGUGAAUGCUUGUGUUUCUAGAUUUCUAUAGAGAAAAUUCUGCAUCUUGUACAUUUUGGAUAUGCACAGCAACCGUACUUCAGGAGCCAUUGUUCUCCCUGGAGUUUUCUUUUGUAUUGGUCCCCACUAACUUUUUACCAAGGGUAUACUCUGAUUUUACUUUUCUAGUUGCCUUUAUGGGAUAGGGUGGUGGGUUGGUCAACAAGUUGAAACAAAUUGUAGCCCUCUAUAUACUAAGCAAUCCAUGCCUGUUUAAGGAAAGCACAGAUUUUAUAUGACAUUUAUGUGCAAAGUUAUGAUCGUGUUUCUGCGAUGGAUGAAUGUUCACUGGUAGUUUGUUCAAUCAUAUUAAAGUGAUGUAAACCAAACUGCUUGAAGCAUAUGUUAAUUUGGAUUGCUUAAAAGGCUGGAACAAAUAUACAGGGUGAUUAGAAAGUAAGUUUAUAACAUGAGAUAUCGUGUGUUGAUGUGGUAAACUUACUUUCUAAUCGCCUUGUAUGUACCGCUUUGUUUCAGAAUGUAAGCUAGUUAGUAAUCUUUUUCAUCAAUGACCUAAAAAUGAAGAAUGCUGUACAGAUUUGUUUUUCCUUUGUUUUUUUAAUUCCUGACUGCUGGAUUUGCUCUGCAACCAUGGGGGUUAUAUAUUGCAUGAAAAGUCUUUUGAAAUUAAGAUAUGUUGAAUAAUUUGAAUUUAAACGUGUGUAUGUUCUGCUGGUUGAGAAUGAUUGAUUACAUGAAGGCUUUGCAAUUGCUGAAUGUUUAAAAAUCAAAGACUUUUAAAUCAAUGCAUUUUGAGAGCAAAUGAUUUAUAACGAACUGAAUGCUUCUGUAGACUAUUGGCAUACUUUUGCUGCAAAUAAAAAUAUUUACUGUA